GCUCAAAUAGGCGGUGUGGUGGCUUCACUGAAGAAGCAUGGUUCGGAGAAGACUGUGGAAAGCAUUCGAUCCAGGUACAGUGCUCACCCGUCCACUGGAGAGAUGCUGAAUAUGAUCGAUGCAAAUGUGAAGGAUGUGCUGGAAAUCACUCGACGAAUUGAAAGCCGUGUUCUGGGUCAGGAGGGAGGGGUCGGUGGCGGCAGACCGGGAAAAGGAGGCGUUGGCGGUGGCGGAAUGGCGGCUUCCGUGGAAAAGAAAAAUGGGAAAUCAGGAGGGAACGGUGAGAAGAAGCCCAGUGGUGAGAAUGUCAAACAAAAAAAACAUGAAAAAUUGGUUCCGAUUUGGUGCGAUACGAGAGAGAAUGGGAGAUUAGGGGAAAAGCAAAAACAUUGGCCGGAUUUGGGAAGUUCUUUCCAAAGCCGGCCUAAUCGCCGGAAGUGCGGAAAUGGCGGCGUGGUGGCUUCACUGAAGAAGCAUGGUUCGGAGAAGACCGUGGAAAGCAUUCGAUCCAGGUACAGUACUCACCCGUCCACUGGAGAGAUGCUGAAUAUGAUCGAUGCAAAUGUGAAGGAUGUGCUGGAAAUCACUCGAAGAAUUGAAAGCCGUGUUCUGGGUCAGGAGGGAGGUGUCGGUGGCGGCGGACCGGGAAAAGGAGGCAUCGGCGGCGGUGGAGUGGCAGCUUCCGUGGAAAAGAGAAAUGGGAAAUCAGGAGGGAACGGUGAGAAGAAGCCCAGUGGUGAGAUUGGUGCGUCGUCGUCAUCGUCUGAUGUUUCGUCUUUCUCCGAUGAUGAAUGAGAUCCGAGUCACUCUUUAACAUGGUAUCAGAGCCAUGCUUUAAUGGUGUUAUCAUUUCCGAUUCAACCUGAAUUUGUCAAAACUCGAUUCCAUUCCUCAUUCCAAAUCAAAAUCUGAUUCGAAG